AUGACUAAUUUAUCAUCCGUUAUAUCCGCAUCAUCAUCGCCGUUUUUAUGUACUACCGUCCGUAUUCCACCAUCUAGAGUAAAAUUAUUAUCACAUUAUAAUUAUCAAUCCCGUACAGCAUCUACUAAUGAAAAAUCUCUCUCAACAUCUUUAUCUUCACUUUUACCAGCUUCACAAAGUACUACCUUUCGUUCGAACGAAUCAUCGCUAACUUCGCCAUUUAAAUGGGGCGUUCCGAAACAAAAAAGAAAACGAAAAGCUACUGAACGGGAUUCAAUUGAUGAAUAUUUUGAAGCCAAAUACCAAGCCAUCGAAUCGACUAGUUCCUCAACAAAGCCACCAAUUAAAUACACACUACGUCCAAGAAACUGUCCACAAUUUAAUUCAACACAGCAAAUUUCAUCCAAAUUAUUACCAAUAGGAUUAUUUAAAAUAGACGUAGAAGAUUAUGAAACAGUCAAAAAAGUUACACCAAAUGAGAUUAUUAGUAGUAUAAUUCAAGAAAGAAAAUUAAUUAUUAAUGAUGAACGAUUUUCGAUUAAGUUUACGUGA